GUUCUGUCCUCCUUACCCAACACUAAGUUUGCGGGACGGCAUUUCGGCGCGUGCAUUUUAUAAACAUUUGGCAAAUAAACAAGGAUUUUGAGAAUGUUUGACGUGGAACCGAUAAUAGCAGAUCACAAGGACGUGAUACAUGAUGUGGUGUUCGAUUACUACGGCCGUCGCAUGGCUACCUGCUCUAGCGACCAGACAGUGAAGAUUUGGGACGAGGACGGACAGGGCAAGUGGAGUGUGACCAGCAGCUGGAAGGCCCACUCCGGCUCCAUUUGGCGGGUGUCCUGGGCACAUCCAGAGUUCGGUCAGGUGGUGGCCACAUGCUCAUUUGAUCGCACCGCCUCUGUCUGGGAGGAGGUGAUUGGUGAGAAGGUAUCAUCGACCAAUGCUCCCACACGCCGCUGGGUUCGUCGCACCACGCUCGUGGACUCGCGCACCAGCGUUACUGACGUGGAGUUUGCUCCAAAGUACCUAGGACUGCUACUGGCAACCGCCUCUGCGGAUGGCAUCAUCCGUAUUUACGAGGCACCGGACAUCAUGAACCUCUCGCAGUGGCCCGUGCAGCACGAGAUCGCAAAUAAACUGCCGCUGAGCUGUCUCUCGUGGAAUACCUCCACCUACAUGGUCACUCAGCUGCUGGCGGCGGGCAGCGAUGAGGCGGCCACGCCUACUGGUAAGGUUUUCUUAUUUGCCUACAGCGAGAAUGCCCGCAAGUGUGUGAAAAUUGAGACUGUGAAUGAUAUAACCGAUCCAGUCACUGAUGUGGCCUUCGCCCCGAACGCCGGCCGCACCUUCCACAUGCUGGCCGUGGCCAGCAAGGAUCUCUACAUUGUUAAUCUGCGUGGUGUAACGGACGCUACUGGCAACUCGAAGCUGGACAUUCAGACCGUCAAGUUCAGCGAGCACAACUGCCCCGUGUGGCGCGUAUGCUGGAAUAUGUUGGCCACAAUGCUAAUUUCUACAGGUGACGACGGCUGCGUUCGCCUGUGGCGAAUGAACUACAACAAGCAAUGGCGUUGCGCCGCCGUGCUAAAGGCGGAGGGCAGCGGACCCACAUACGAACCAGCCCCGCCCACUCCAACAUUGGCAACAACAGCCUCAGCCACGGCCAAGUUCUACAAAAAGGGCACCAUUGGCAACCAGGUGCCGUGGCACUGAUUUUGAAGUUAAUCGUUAGAGUUCCAAAUAAAUGCCUAAGUUGAAA